AUGGGUUCAUGUCAUGGUGCCAAUAAUUCUUCAAAUAAAACAUUAAUUCAAGAUGAAAAUCUUGAAAUGUUUACAAUUAUUUGGCUUGAUGAUUCAAAAACUAAAUCUCAAAAAACUAUUUCGAUUCAACAACAACUUCGAACAAUCGUUAAUUAUUUGAAAACAUUUGAAAACGAAGAUGAUUGUGAAAAAUAUAUUCAAAAAAUGUCGAAAGAUGAAUAUAUUAUAUUGAUUGUUAAUGAUCAAAUAGGACAAAAAAUUCUUCCAAAUAUUCAUCAUCUACAACAAUUAUUUUCUAUCUAUAUUUAUUCUCCAAAUAAAAAUAUAGAUCAACAAUGGAUUAAUCAAUUCAACAAGGUAAAAUCCAUUUCAAUUGAUUAUGAUGAACUUAUUACUCAAAUAAAAGUUGAUCACAUGAAAUGUAAAUAUAUAAAAGAUGAAAUAUUAUUUGAUAUUUUUCGUAUUGAUCAAUCAACUGAUUUAAAUAAUAAAUUUUUAUAUUCACAAAUAUUAAUUGAUGUUUUACUUCAAAUGGAUUCAGUAUCAAAUGAUAUUACUGAUCUUAUGUCAUUAUGUCGUAAUCAAUAUAAAGGAAAUAAAACUGAAUUAAAUAUUCUUCGUGAAUUUCAACAAAAUUAUUCAACUCAUAAUGCUGUUUGGUGGUUAACAAAAGAUAUAUUUAUUUCUCAAAUAUUAAAUAAAGCUUUAAAAAUUGAAAAUAUUGAUAUGAUUUUUUUAUUUCGAUUUUUUCUUCGAGAUAUUGAACAACAAUUAAUCGAAAAUCAAUGUUUAUUACCAAUAAAAGUUUAUCGAUAUCAAUUAAUGUCCGUAAAUAAAUUGGAAAUAUUAAAAAAUUCUAUUGGACAAUUUUUAUCAAUAAAUAAUUUUCUUUUAACAAAUAUUAAUCGUAAUGCAACACUUCCGUCAUCGAAAGUUUCAUUGAGUAAUAAUAAUUAUCAACCUAUAUUAUUUGAAAUUACUGCAGAUCCUAAUCUUAAUAAAAUAAAAGCAUUUGCUGAUAUUUCUUCACAUAGUUAUUUCAAUCAUGAUGAAGGUGAAAUAUUAUUCAUGUUAGGAUCUAUAUUUCAAUUGAAUAAUAUUUAUCUAAACGAUAAUAAUAUAUGGAUUAUUGAAAUGACCUUAUCAAGUAAAACAAAUCAAUAUUUAAAAAGUAUUUUUGAUAAUUUUCAAAAUGAUGAUGAUGAAAUAAAUCUUUUAGCAUUUGGUUAUAUUUUACAAAAAUUAAAUAAAUCAAAUGACACAGAAAAAUAUUAUUAUCGUUUAUUUAAUGAACUAUCAGAAGAUGAUGAACGUAUCAAUUAUUGUUGUUUAAAUCUUGGUAAUAUAGCUUUUAUUAAAAAAGAUUAUGAUGCAAGUUUAGAAUGGUUAUUAAAAUCAUUGGAUAUAUCAUUACGAACAUUACAAUCUAAUGAUAUGUUUCUUGCACUUAUUUAUAAUAGUAUGGGUCAUGUAUAUAGUGCAAAACAUAUGUUAAAAUCAGCAGUAGAAUCUUAUUAUAGUGCAAUAUCUAUAUGGAAACAAUCUACUGAUGAGAAUUAUUUAAAAAUAGCUGAAUGUAUGAAUAAUAUUGGAAUAAUAUAUAAACAAGAAAAACAUUAUCCGUUAGCAUUAGAUUGUUUUAAAGAAACAUUGAAUAUUUUAGAAAAAUAUCUUUCACAUAAUCAUUUUGAUUUAAGUAAAUCACAUUGUAAUAUUGCUAAUACAUAUAGACAACUUGGACGAUAUGAAUUAGCUUUGGAACAUUAUUAUUUAUCAUUUAAAAUUUUAGAAAAAUAUUAUUCACCAGUUCAUCCAAAUCUUGCUAAAGUAUUGGGAAAUAUUGGUAUUGUCUAUGCUUUAAAAGGUGAAAGUGAAAAAGCAUUAUUCUAUUAUGAGAAAGCUUUAGAAAUUUAUCGACAGACACUACCAUUGACACAUAUUAAUAAUCUUAAAAUUGAACAACUUAUUCGAAAUGUUCAAUCACCACAUCGAAAAAUACCUUUCGGCACAAUCGAAUCAAAAUAA